AUGAACAACCAGGUCAGCAUAAAACUAAUAGCAGCAAAAGCCAAGGUGGCCCCACUCAAACCUACCUCUAUACCACGAUUAGAAUUACAAGCCGCAGUGCUUGGCUGCCGUCUAGCAAACAGCAUUCACCAAGAAAUGGACACCAAUAUUAAGAAGAAGUAUUACUGGUCAGACUCUCGAACGGUAUUAGCAUGGAUCAAAUCCGACCCACGCACGUUCAAAACCUUCGUCGCACACAGACUAGCUGAAAUAGAAGAACUCUCAAAAACAUCAGAAUGGAGAUACGUACCCACUAAACAAAACGUAGCUGACGACGCAACUAGAUCGGCACCCCGAAAUUUCGACAGCAACCAUCGAUGGUUCAACGGUCCAGAAUUCCUAAAACUUGACUGCAACGAAUGGCCUCAAGAUCACAGUGAUCGCUCACUACAAGUUACGGGCGAAGAAAAAACACAGACAGUAGCCACGGCGCGUCUCGUUCAACCACCUAUACCAGACGUCAGUCGUUUCUCAUCAUGGACACGUUACCUACGAGCCUCAGCACGCUUCAUACAAAGCGUCGAAGUUUUUAAAACAUUACUAAAUAAACCCGACAAAGUCACCGCCACUAAACGAAUCGUCAAGGAUAAAGCCUGGAAACCGUAUAAAAAACAGAUGACUCAACAAACACCCACGAAUCAAGAACCAACUAUAAAAACCGUGAACAAACUAAUACCAUUAUCAAGAAAAUACAUCAAGCAAGCUGAAACAAUGUUGAUACAACGAAUUCAAAAUGACAGUUUUAAGAAUGAAAUUCAAAACCUUAAAGAUCACAAGAAGUUCGCCAAAGGAUCCCGCCUAAGAAGACUCACCGCCGUUAUAGAAGAUGAUAUAAUGCAUCUCGAAACUCGCCUAUCCGCUGCCAACAACAUAGCGAUUUCCUACAAAAAACCCAUAAUACUCGAUGGAAAACACCCGAUUACACGACUAAUCGUGAACCAUUACCAUCAAGAAUACAAUCACGGUAAUCACAACACGAUUAUGAACGAGAUUCGACAGAAAUACUAUGUGAUAUCCCUUCGAAACACCGUCAAAAGUAUAGCAAGAGAAUGCCAAUGGUGUAGAAUACACAAAGCCGUUCCUAUCACAACACCUUUGGGAGACUUACCGGUGGAACGCCUGCAACACAAACAAUACCCGUUCACCUGCACUGCUGUAGAUUAUUUCGGACCAAUAACCAUAAAAAUUGGCAGAAAAACAGAUAAACGCUGGGUGGCUUUAUAUACAUGCCUCACAACGCGAGCAGUUCAUCUGGAGAUUGCUACAUCCUUGUCAGCAGAUAACAUGAUACUCACACUGCGAAGAAUGAUAGCACGUCGAGGGACACCUAAAACGAUGUUUAGCGACAAUGGAACAAAUUUCAUCGGAGCAAAUAAAGAAAUCAAGACAGCGUUUGAAAAAAUGAUAGAUAAAUCCAAAGAAAAAGGAAUUCAAUGGAAAUUCAUACCUCCAGGAGCUCCACACAUGGGAGGAGCAUGGGAGAGACUAGUGCGAUCAGUUAAAACCGCACUAACCGCAACCCUUAAUACACGACAUCCUCAAGAAGAAAUAUUACAUACAUUACUUCUAGAAGCAGAACACCUCAUAAAUUCAAGACCUAUAACAGAGGUACCCCUAGAUCCAGAUGACCAAGAAGGUUUAACUCCAAACCACUUUCUGAUUGGAAGAUCAAGCGGGCACCUUCGCAUGGGAGAUUUCACGGACGACGAACUCAUCGGCCCCCCAACAUGGAAAACAUUACAACGCCUCACCGAUCACUUCUGGAAACGCUGGCUCAAUGAAUAUCUACCCACGAUAACACCGCGAUACAACAACAAUCAAAAUGGAUUCAUUAACCCAACCAUCGGCGACAUUGUAAUAAUAAUCGAUAAUUCUCUUCCCCGAGGCACCUGGCCAAGAGGUGAAAUCAUCAAAACCUACCCCGGACCAGACGGAAAAACACGUAUAGUAGACGUGCGCACUACCGCCGGAAUACUAAAGCGACCGGUUUCCCGCCUAGUGAAAAUAGCGCAAUCUUCUUCCUCAACAUGA